UUUCGAUAUUCUGUGAAUACUUUGAAAUGAUUAAUUAAAUCAUUUAAAUAAGGAAUAUAACCAAGUGAGACGUGACUGGAGAAGCCAUGUGGAAGUGAAGUGCCCGAGCAGAGGCCACCCAGCAGACGGAAGAGCGGCGCGGCGCGCCGGAAGAAAUUCUCUGCCGCCCCAGACCCCCCUGAAAAAGCCGAGAAAUGACGGAAAAUCUGGAGCUGCACCAGUUCCAGGAGGGCACCCACACGUUGGAAGUGUCGAAUCGCUGGCUGGAGCGUCUGAAGACGCGCGUCAACUGUCCAUAUUUGGGAAUCAUCCUGGCCACGCUGUCCUCCCUGUUCUUUUCGCUGUGCUCGGUGAUCGUCAAGGGACUGGUGGACGUCAAUCCCAUGGAGUUGGCAGCAUUCCGCUUCGUGGGAGUUUUGCUGCCGACCAUUCCCAUUCUGAUAUACACCCGCCAGCCAGUGUUUCCGGAGGGGACACGUGUCAUCCUGCUGAUGCGCUGCUUCAUGGGCACCACCGGCUUGAUGCUCAGCUUCUACGCCUUCCGUCACAUGCCGCUGGCCGAUGCCAGCGUCAUCAUCUUCUCCACGCCCGUCUUCGUGGCCAUCUUCGCACGCGCCUUCCUCAAGGAGCCUUGCACCAUGUUCAAUGUGAUCACCAUCAACAUAACGCUGGUCGGCGUCGUCCUCAUCACACGGCCGCCCUUUGUGUUUGGCGACACGUCACCUCCGCUGGAUGGGACGCAGCUAACUGGCAGGCCAUACGACAUCUGGGGCCCAGUGGCAGCCUUCUCGUCCACGCUCUUUGGGGCCAAUGUCUACAUCCUGCUGCGGGCCCUCAAGAACCUGCACUUCUCCGUGAUCAUGACCAACUUCGGAGCCACUGCCCUCGUGUACACCCUGAUAGUGUCCGCCUCCAUCGGUGCCGUGUGCUGGCCCAGCUGCGGCCGAGACCGCUGGCUGGUCGUCGUUCUCGGCGUCUUCAGCUUCCUCGGCCAAAUAUUGCUCACUCUCUCGCUGCAGAUCGAGCAGGCAGGACCAGUGGCAAUCGCCCGAUGUGUCGACAUCGUGUUCGCCUUCAUCUGGCAGAUGAUCUUCUUUGGCGAGACGCCCAAUGGAUACUCGAUGUUCGGAGCCCUCAUGGUGAUCAGCUCCGUCAUUCUCACGGCGCUCAAGAAGUGGGCCAUGACCCUGCCGCGGGAGUCAUCACUCCGCAAGCGGCUGCGUCUCAUCCUAAUGGAAUAGACAGAGGCAGGACACGCCCCCUGGUUUCUCCCGAUCUGUAAUCUGUAGUCACAUCGUUCACUUGUGCAUCGCGUCGUAGUAAUAAUUAAUCAAAUAAGAGGGAGCGUGCGGAAAGGAGCGGACUGGAAUGCUCCCUCCCACCCGUAUAGCAUAUCCAACAAUCUCCCAGGCUCAGAACAGU